UAUAUUCUCAAUUUGAUCCUUAACAUUAGCAAAACAAAUAAUAUGGUUAUUCAGCCACAAGACAUUGGCAUCAUGCUUAGCAGCUUCACAGGAGCUAGGAAACGAUGGCGUCGUGCAUACUAUACUAUAUAUUUUUCCAACACCUUGGUCUCCAUUGCCAAAAACGUCGUCUCCAAGUCACUCCCCGUUUCUGAAUUAAUUGGAAAACCGGGGUAUUCUGUCAUUGAUGUCGUCGUUCCCAAGGUUAGUACUUGUAUCAAUGAGUCACCGGAUCAUGCUUCCAGUUUUGAAAGCAUUGAUCAGACAAUGCUCAUUGAUACUCUAAAAAAUAAAGACUUGGAUACGCUUUCCAAGUUUGAUGGUGUCAAGGGCUUAGCAAAAGCCCUGGACACUAAUCUCGAAAAGGGAUUAGACGGGCAUGAUUUAGAUCAACGGAGAAACGUUUUUGGUUCAAAUACUUAUAAAAAAAUGCCUCCAAAGGGGCUGUUUUAUUUUGUGGUAGAGGCUUUUAAAGAUAUUACUAUUCUUAUACUCUUGGGGUGUGCUGUUCUUUCUCUUGGUUUUGGUAUCAAAGAAGAGGGACUAAAAGACGGCUGGUAUGAGGGAGGAAGUAUAUUCCUUGCAGUCUUUCUGGUUAUUGUUGUAUCCGCGAUAAGUAACUUCAGACAAGAGAAGCAGUUUGAAAAUCUGUCGAAAAUAAGCAAUAAUAUCCAGAUUGAUGUUCUUAGAGAAGGCAGAAGACAGAAGGUGUCAAUAUUCGAUAUAGCAGUAGGCGACAUUGUUGUGUUAAAAAUAGGAGAUCAGAUUCCAGCAGACGGGCUAUUUGUAGAUGGGCAUUCGUUGUUAAUCGACGAGUCAAGCAUGACUGGUGAGAGUGAGCAAAUAGAAGUUAACGCCAUAAGUAACCCGUUCUUAUUCUCUGGUUCCAAAGUGGCUGAUGGGCAUUGUCAGAUGCUUGUGCUAUCAGUUGGAAUGAACACGGGGUGGGGGAAGAUGAUGAGCUCCAUUACUGGCGAUAACAACGAGCAAACGCCAUUACAAGAACGCCUCAACAAACUAACUUCUUCAAUUGGAAAGGUAGGUCUUGCAGUUGCUUUGUUAGUUCUUGUAGUUAUGUUAAGUCGUUACUUCACUGGAUACACUAAAGAUGAAUAUGGUAACCAAGAGUAUAAUGGAAAACGAACGAGUGUCAACAAAAUACUUCAUUCUAUUACGGGUAUCUUCUCGGCGGCUGUGACCAUUGUGGUAGUAGCUAUUCCUGAAGGUCUACCGCUAGCCGUCACCCUCACACUUGCAUACUCAAUGAAGAGAAUGAUGCGUGAUCAAUCCAUGGUCAGAAAGUUAUCUGCUUGCGAGACCAUGGGUUCAGCCACUGUUAUAUGCACUGAUAAAACCGGAACAUUGACAAUGAACCAGAUGACUGUAACAAAGUUCUGGCUCGGUCUACAGUUUAUUGAACAACGUACUUCCAAUGUGAUUGCGCUACAGGUUCACGAACUUCUCCAACAGGGAGUCGGGCUUAAUACUACAGGUUCUGUUUUCAAAUCUGCUUCACAAACAGUACCUGAAAUCUCCGGCUCUCCAACUGAAAAGGCUAUUCUAUCAUGGGCUGUUGUGGAUUUGGAUAUGGAUAUGGAGAAACUGAAACAAGAUUCAACUGUAAUUCAAGUUGAGACGUUCAACUCAAAGAAAAAAAGAAGUGGUGUCCUGAUCAAGAGAAAAGACGAUAACAGCGUUCAUGUCCACUGGAAAGGAGCUGCAGAGAUGAUACUGACAAUGUGUUCAAAGUAUUAUGAUAGCAAUGGUUGUAUACAUAUGAUAGAAAGUGACUCGAAAACUCGAUUGGAGCGUAUAAUUGAAGGAAUGGCAGCCAGCAGCCUUAGAUGCAUCGCUUUUGCACAUAAGCAGGUUCAAGAAGGUACUACAUUAAGCGAGGAAGGGUUAACAUUGCUAGGGAUUGUUGGGUUGAAGGACCCGUGUAGGCCCGGAGCCAAGAAAGCUAUUGAAACUUGCAGGUCUGCUGGGGUUGACAUAAAGAUGAUCACUGGUGACAAUGUUUUCACAGCAAAAGCGAUAGCCGCAGAAUGUGGAAUACUUGAAUCCAGUGAAGAAGUAUGUGACGCGGAAGUGGUGGAAGGUGUACAGUUUCGUAAUUUUACAGAUGAAGAAAGAAUGGAAAGAGUUGACAAAAUCCGUGUGAUGGCAAGAUCUUCUCCUUUUGACAAGCUUCUGAUGGUGCAGUGCCUGAAACGUAAAGGUCAUGUGGUUGCAGUCACGGGUGACGGGACAAACGAUGCACCGGCACUCAAAGAAGCUGAUAUAGGACUUUCAAUGGGGAUUCAAGGGACUGAAGUAGCAAAACAAAGUUCGGACAUUGUGAUAUUAGAUGACGAUAUUGCCUCUGUUUCUACUGUAUUGAUGUGGGGACGGUGUGUUUACAACAACAUUCAGAAGUUUAUUCAGUUUCAGCUUACCGUAAAUGUUGCAGCUCUUGUCAUUAAUUUCAUUGCAGCCGUUACUUCUGGUGUCGUUCCCUUAACAGCUGUUCAACUGUUGUGGGUGAAUCUGAUCAUGGACACUUUGGGUGCCCUAGCACUAGCAACAGAACGUCCCACCAAAGAACUCUUGAACAAGCCUCCUGUUGGUCGGGUCGAGCCUCUGAUCACAAACAUAAUGUGGAGAAACCUAUUAGCACAAUCUCUUUUCCAGGUAACAGUUCUAUUGAUCUUUCAGUUCAGGGGUAAGGCAAUCUUUAAUGUAAAUGAGAGAGUUAAAAAUACUAUUAUCUUCAAUACGUUCGUCCUAUGCCAAGUGUUUAAUGAGUUCAACUCAAGGAAGCUGGAGAAAAGGAACAUAUUCAAGGGGAUUCAUAAAAACCGAUUGUUUCUUGGAAUCAUAGGGAUGACCUUAAUUCUUCAGGUUGUGAUGGUUGAGUUUUUGAAGAACUUUGCGGAUACUGAGAGAUUAAAUGGACUACAGUGGGGAAUAUGUAUUGCCAUUGCAGCUCUAUCGUGGCCUAUUGGAUGGAUUGUGAAGUUGAUACCAGUUCCAGAGAAACCAUUUUUAAGCUAUAUCAGACGCUAAGAUCUGUAUUCGUUCAGCAAAAUCUUUUGACAUCAUUAAGAUUAUUUCUUGGUAACUUGCAUCAAUAUAGUAAUUUAGUUUUCUGUCAUGUAUUUACCUAUACAUACUGAUUCUAUAAUAGUAAUACUUAAUUUUUAUGUUC